GUCGACAGUGUGGAGAUGGAGGUUGAGUAUUACGGUGUGAAAUUCAUGUGACUCGCUCCUGUUCGUGGUAAUUCACGCAUCGUGAACAGGUGGAUUUAUUAUUAUUCUUUAUAGACACUUGCCGAAUGUUCUGACAGAACGCGAUACAUAAAUGUGUUCCACUGCUUUGAAAUAUAUUUAUAAUAGAUAUUUUUCUAAUGCAUCGUUGUUUGAAGGAACUUGACUUUUUAUUGCUAAGUGACAUGCAUUGUGGCGCGAAAUUAUUUGGAUCUCUUCGUAGUAUCCUAUUAGAAAAUGCUAACCAUGUACUUCUCUGCGGGUUUCCCAAUGAGAAAGCGAGUGACGAAAAGGUAUGAACGGUUUUGUUGUGCAACUGAAAGUAAUUGCAGUAGGAAUUGUGAUUGUGAGUGUGCGUGCUGUGGUGAUUAUUGUGGCUGCAAGGGAUGUGUGAACAGACGUCGUUCAUGUAGAGGAAAGAAAACUGAUUUCACUGUUUUCUUCGUGAUUACCACUAUGAUCUUGACGACGAAUAUUGCAAUGACGACAGCCAACAUCAUGGGGGAUGAAUGCGAUUGGUUUGGAAGUGGACUGUCAACGGCCGCUUCCGAUGGGCUCGGGAGAGGCGUCACUCCGGUUUAUCUCCGAUGUUCUCAAGGCCAUCUGGAGUGGGUUUAUCCUCGCGGAGCCCUCCGGGUUCUCCUCAGGCUCGGAGCCUCCGGAAGAGAUUUCCGGGGUUGCGUCAAAGUGGGCUCUAACUUCGGGGGAGCACGAAUAUUCCUGGAAGGAUCAAGGUCAUUGGUUCCGCUUUUCUCCGCGGAAGACGGGGCGCCAGUGCAACUGGUGAGGUGUUUCCUAAGUCGAGGAGGUCAGGCUGCUUUAUAUGUGGAAGCAGCUACCUCUAAAACGGACUUCACAAAAGAAGUUGCGACCCUAACGUAUGACCUCACGGCGUUACCAAGAGGAGGCGCUGCUUAUGACCCGACUGAAGAAUGCCGGCCAUGUACUAAGGAAGAGAUGGCUCACGCAUUCUGCACCAGUGAUUUAGUUACUCGAGGAAUUAUUAGAAGCAUAGAAAACAGAGAUGAGCUCGAUGCAGCUCAGCUUACUGUGAAAGUGACAAAGUUAUUGAGACAGUCUACAGAAGACAACAUGGCACCGACAUCUUUGUCACUGGAUGGUGAAUCAAACAAUGUUGUGACGGACAACAGUGACGGGCAAGUUUUACUGAACGUCGCUCUUCACUGUGGUGCAAGGCACGGGACGGGAGAAUUUGUUUUCAUGGCAAGACGAAAAUUAGGUGAUCUAGCUCUGUCAUGUGCUCCAAGACUGGAAGAUUGGGUGAAUGUUGUUCGAAAGAUAAAUAAAGAAGGUACUGCACACUGUGUGUUGAAAAGUUAACGUAAGAGAUUGAAGAGUAAUAUGUUGCACAAGAAUAAUCAAGUUAUAAGCUGUGUCUAAUGGAUGCUUAUAUCAUCAGCUUGAACUGAUUAUGGUAUUAUAUCCUUCCUUGUCGACAAUAACAGAUCAUAUUAUUAAUAAAGUCUUCUCGGGCUAUCAGUCGUGUUAGUUAGUGAUCAAUCACCGACGUUUCGAGGACCAUCUCUGUCAAAUUUUCAAGGCUGUGUAGCUCGUAGCCUUGAAAAUGAGGACAGAGAUGGUCGUCGAAACGUCGGUGAUUGAUCACUAA